AUGCUUCCACUGUGCGACGUGACUCAUUUCCCGGGUCUGCAGAGGAGGGAACCUGCGCACCUGGUUAUCCCAAAUGAUCUCAGCGGUAGCCGCAUGUUUCGGCUAACGGGCAAGGGUGCGGAUGAAGACCCUGUGGGCGUAUUCUCCAUCGACAGGUACUCGGGAGAAGUGUCCGUCAGCCGCUCCCUCGACAGAGAGGUCAUCUCCGUCUAUCAGCUCCAGGUUUCCACAGUGGACAUGAGUGGCCAUCUAGUAGAGGGCCCCGAGGUGCUAGAGAUAUCCGUCAUCGACCAGAACGACAACCGGCCCAUCUUCAGGGAGCUGCGCUACUCAGGAGAGGUGCUGGAGGGCUCACCCACAGGCACAUCUGUGAUGACGAUGACAGCCAUGGAUGCGGACGACCCCAACACUGACAACGCUGUGCUGCGCUACAACAUCAUACGCCAGUCGCCCGAGAAGCCGUCACCCCACAUGUUCUACAUCGAUCCCGACAGGGGACACAUCCUCACUGGCAUCUCCCCAACCCUGCUCGACAGAGAGACGUUGCCCACCACCACGUAUGAGGUGGUGAUCGUGGCCAAGGACAUGGCGGGCACCGAGGUGGGACUGACGGGCACGGCCACCGCCACCAUCACCAUCACCGACCGCAACGACCACGCGCCUGAGUUCACACACUCCUUGUUCCAAGCAGUGGUGAAUGAGGGCUCGACUGGUGUGGUGGUGAACCUGACAGUAGACGACCGUGACGACCCGACUAAGGGGACCUGGCGAGCGGUCUACUCCAUCAUCAACGGAGACCCCGACCACAGCUUUGAGGUCACCACUAACUCCGACAACAACGAGGGCAUGGUGACCGUCGUCAAGCCACUGGACUAUGAGGGCACAGUGUACCACACACUGCUGAUAAAGGUGGAGAAUGAGGAGGAGCUGGUUUCUGAGGUGGGCUACGGCCCCAGCUCCACGGCGACUGUAUAUGUGACGGUACUGGACAUGAAUGAGCGGCCCAUCUUCCACCCCAACCCCAUGAGGGUCACCAGGCAGGAGAACAUCCCAGAGGGCAGCUUCGUAGCCCUGCUCAACGCCACAGACCCAGACUUCCUGCGGGGCCAGAGCGUCAGGUUUUCCAUCCUGAGAGACCCGGCGGGUUGGCUGAGUGUGAACCCAGUGAGGGGAACCGUCAACACGACCGCCGUGCUGGACCGCGAGUCUCCAUAUGUACACAACAACCAGUACACAGCUGUCUUCACCGCCUCAGACAAUGGUGACCCCCCUGCCACGGGCACUGGCACGCUGGUCAUCACCUUGGAGGACGUGAAUGACAACGCCCCCUACGUGUACCCAUCGGUAGUGCGCGUCUGCGAGGAUGCCAAGGAGCUGAACGUGUUCACGGUGGGAGGGAGAGACAGGGACAUCUACCCCAAUGGAGAGCCCUUCAGAUUCCAGCUGGCCAAUCAGCCUGGCCUGGACAAGACGUGGAGGACCUCACGCAUCAACUCCACGCACUCCCAAGUGAUGCUGCUCCACAGUCUGAAGAGAGCCAACUACCAGUUGCCCCUGGUGGUGACCGACUCUGGCAUCCCAUCGCUAACCAGCAGCACAGAGGUCAAGGUGCUGGUCUGCACCUGCAAGAAGAACAGGAUGGACUGCAAUGGGGCCACGUCGUUGCACUCUUCGCUCCUGAUGUCACUGCUCGCUGCCACCUCCACACUGCUACUCCGAUACACACUCUGCUUGUAACUUAUGCUGAAUCUGUCUGUACUGCUUUUG